AUUCAGUUUGGCAACCAGUGUUGGCAAACGCGCUGCGUAGUGGACGAAACCUGUCAAGUGAAAUGAGAAUGCAUAAAAACGGUAUCCAAUUACUGCUGCGCUUUGUGAUUUUAUUUCUAAGAUCACUUUUGAGGUUUAUCACACACAUAACGAAAUCAAUGGCUAAUAUCAAGGACGCAGUAUUUGCCGAUUACAUGGCCACGACGAGUGGCUCGUCCGCCGGCCCUCGAGUGGUCGAGGGGACUAAUUUGUUGGUUAACUAUUUGCCGUUCGACAUGCAGGAGCGCGAGCUGACCAAGAUGUUCAAGAAUUUUGGGCAGCUCAAGCAGGUGAAAAUCAUACGAGAUGCGGAAACGGGCGCCAGCCAUUGCUAUGGCUUCGUUAACUACAUGAACUCGGGGCAAGCCCAUUUGGCUCUGAUCUCGGUGAACGGGCGCCAGGUGCGCGGCAAGAGACUGAAGGUGUCGUUUGCCCGUCCCGCCUCUGCAGACAUUAAGAAUGCCAAGCUCUACGUGGCCAAUUUACCAGUGGACUACGACGCAGCCAAGGUGCACGCCCUUUUCGAACGUUAUGGCAAGAUACUUGACCUAAACCUACUCAAGGAUCGCUUCACGGGUCAAUCACGUGGCGUUGCCUUUGUGCGCUACGAGCUAAGAUCCGCGGCUGAUUUGGCAAUGUCGGCCAUGAAUGACUUCUUGCUGGUUGAUGGCCACCUGCCGUUGCAAGUCAAGUUGGCCAAGCGGCCCAUGAGUUGGGAAUUGCCUAAGAAUAUGCUCCAGGAUCAUGACCAGCCUGGUCAAUCUGUGGAGCCACAGGCCACGAAACACCUAUUGAUGGAGACGUCCUCGACUGAUGUUUCACUGCACUCGGAGAAGGGCGACAUAAAACAAUUCAAGCGUCCAAUGUGCUUCAGAUUUGGCCAGAUGGAGAAUUCUACAGCUGAUUCAACAGCUCCAUCAAAGCCAUCUACAUUUGGCGACUAUAAUUUAUUGAUGAAUGUCAACUUUGGGCAGGGUCGCAAGGUCACAGUCGUGCCCAAGGACUCGCCGGACCUAGCUACAACAAAUCAACAAGACCAGGCCAAAUCCCCAGAUGUGCCAUCGAAGUGGACAAACUCUUCAUCAGAUUACGGACUAGCAGGAAAUAGUUUUGAUAACACAAAGAACUUUAAGAAAAACUCGACAUUACGUCACGCCAUGCUCUACAAAUUUCCCUCGGGUCACAAGACCAAGGAUUUGUCAGCGCCCACGCUUAAGCAGUGUGACUCUUCGUUUGACUAUUCCUGAACUCACGGAAAACAUACUGAAGACCAAUUCAAAUGAAAAUUACACA